CGUCUGCCUCUUUCCUGUUCAGACUUAUGUGUGUGCUCUAUUUUAGGGUUUGACACAUGUGUUGCAGUUCUCGUAGCUCAGCUUCACUCUCAUCUUUCACAAAGUUUGCGCUCUUGCUAUACCGGGUUCAAUGGCAGAAUAUCAAGGAAAUCAUCUCCCUAAAGAAAACACUUCUUUCACCACAAUCGAUUCCCCAGGAAAAGCGCAAAACCAUGCGGAGCAGAGCAUGCAGAACAGGUGUCCAGAUGACACCCAUGAUACAAACAUGAUGGAAGUGCCCAAAGAGCUCAGAAAACCCCGCAGUAAUCGUCCAAAAUCUAAAGACCACAAACGACUAAACACCAACAAACUAGUCUUACAAUACAUCGUCCCGUGCUUGAACUCGUACGGUUUGUGUAUCGUUGAUAAUUUUCUUGGAGACAAAAUCGGAGAGCGCGUGCUUCAGGAGGUGAGACGCAUCCAUCAGAGUGGGAACAUGCAAGAUGGACAGGUAGUGAGCCAGAAACUGGGGAAGAGCAAAGCUAUUCGAGGGGAUAAGAUUGCAUGGGUCGAUGGAUCGGAAAGCUGCUGUCAAAACAUCGGCCAUCUGUUGACCAGAAUUGACAAACUCAUCACAUGCGCGGACGGCAAACUGGAGAAAUACAAGAUCAGAGGACGACACAAGGUACGAGUUGCUUGAAAAUAACAAAUAAAAGUGUGCUCCAAAUGUAGAAUAUAUGCCUGCGUGCUUAACAUAACUCCAACGACUGAAAUGAAUAAUUUUGCAAUGUAAACUUGAUUAAAAAUGAAAGUUUAUUCUUUCCAUUUUUCGUGGAAGAUUUUUUAACAGGUUUUAUUGGUUAAGAUACAAGCAUUCCUAAGAAGAAUGAAUUGCGGAGAGAUGGCGUUUUCACGCACUUGUUGAAAUAAAAAGAAGUGCGCAUGAUUGGAUUACGUGUACAUGCGGGUGGUCGUCUCCUCAAUGGCGGUCGGUCGGGCGGACAUGCCCAAUAACAACACCCAUGUUCAUUCGUGACGCUGUAUGAUUUUAAGCAUUCUAACCACACGUUAACUGAAAUAAAUGCAACAUUAACAUCAAAGAUGCAUCAUUUUACAUCAGACCUUCAUCGCGUUUAGCUUUGAAUGUAGCGCAUGCACAAGAUUUAUUAAAUGAAUGUUCUCAUAAGAUUGUUAAAAAUGAAUAAGUUCACUGGCAGUUUUUUGCUCGGCUAUAUGAGCUUUACAGUGAAUCGGGACAGUUUGGUUAAACUCAUAGAAAAAGAUUUCACGGGUAGAACGUCACGUAGCACUUGUGUUGAACGUCUAAAAUGGGCGGGUCUACGCCCCAAGACUUUCUAUUUAAUUGGUCACGUACUAUAUUUAAGACCGUAAUCUUUUUUUUAAAUCAGUUUAGUUCUAAUGCCUAAUCGAUUAUUGUGUGUAUAAAGACGAGC